GCGCCCGCACGGCUUUCAGGAUGUACAUUCAGAGUGGGCGGGCCUACCGUUCCACCCAGGCUUUCAGGAGCAGGUUGCCUUAGAAACGGGAUUUUUGCGAACGGCAGUCAUGACGCAGUCAGUGGUGGUUCAGGUGGGUCAGUGCGGGAACCAGAUAGGCUGCCGCUUCUGGGAUCUGGCACUGCGGGAACACGCCGCUGUUAACAAGAAAGGAAUUUACGAUGAAGCAUUAAGCAGUUUCUUUCGAAAUGUGGACGCUAGAACGGAUGGUGAUGGUGCUGAUAUUUCCAGAGGAAAAAUCUGUUCCCUAAAAGCACGUGCCCUCUUGAUUGACAUGGAAGAGGGUGUAGUGAAUGAAAUUCUCCAGGGGCCACUGAGAGAUGUCUUUGAUAGCAAGCAGCUGAUCACAGAUGUUUCUGGUUCUGGAAACAACUGGGCUGCGGGUCACAAAGUGUAUGGGGGGCAGUAUCGAGAGCAUAUUGUUGAAAAGCUGAGGAAGAUGGCGGAACACUGUGACUGUCUCCAGUGCUUUUUUCUCAUUCAUUCCAUGGGAGGGGGAACAGGAUCUGGUCUUGGUACAUUUGUACUAAAGGUGCUUGAGGAUGAAUUUCCAGAAGUAUAUAGAUUUGUUACUUCAGUUUAUCCAUCUCGUGAGGAUGAUGUCAUUACAUCUCCCUAUAACAGUGUAUUGGCUAUGAAGGAACUCAGUGACCACGCCGACUGUGUAUUGCCAAUUGAAAAUGAAUCUUUAUUUGACAUAGUUAGUAAAAUUAAUCAGAUGACCAACUAUGGAAAGUUAGGAUCAACCGUAAAGCAAACCAGCUUGGUAACUUCAAGUACAGGAGGAAUAAAGCAUACUCGGGAGAAACCCUUUGAUACUAUGAAUAAUAUUGUGGCUAACUUACUGCUGAAUUUGACCAGCUCUGCUAGGUUUGAAGGAUCUCUUAAUAUGGAUCUUAAUGAAAUCAGUAUGAAUUUGGUCCCAUUUCCUCGACUUCAUUAUCUGGUUUCCAGCUUGACUCCUCUUUAUACACUGGCUGAUGUAAAUGUGCCUUCAAGAAGGUUGGACCAGAUGUUUUCAGAUGCUUUUAGCAAAGAUCACCAACUGUUACGAGCUGACCCAAAGCACAGCUUGUACCUUGCCUGUGCUCUGCUAGUCAGAGGAAACGUACAGGUUUCGGAUCUUCGUAGAAACAUUGAAAGGUUGAAACCCUCACUUCAAUUUGUCUCUUGGAAUCAAGAAGGAUGGAAAACUGGCUUAUGUUCAGUACCUCCUGUAGGCCAUUCUCACUCCUUGUUAGCACUGGCAAAUAACACUUGUGUGAAGCCGACUUUUAUAGAGCUCAAGGAGAGAUUCAUAAAGCUGUACAAGAAGAAAGCUCAUCUUCAUCAUUACCUACACAUUGAUGGAAUGGAGCAGAGCUGUUUCUCUGAAGCCCUUUCAUCUUUAUCAGAUUUAAUAGAUGACUAUAAUCAGCUAGAUGCUGCUAACUGUGGACCUGCAGUAGAUCCACCAAGACUGAAGAUAGCAGUUUAACAAUUGAGGAGCUUGGUAAAAAGGUAUCAGCAAACUAUACACAUGCAAUCCAGCCCAUGUUGAACCUUCUUAAAUAGAAUUGAAAAACAACAACAUCCUAAGAACACAUCCCAGUCACAUCCCAUUCUUAAAAGGUUGUUCUUUGCAAUGAUUGGGAUAAAUGUCAUUCUCCAAGAUGCUGUGUGGCAAUUGGCUAACAGUUUCUCAUAUAUCAUAUUGCACAGAUGCUGGAAUAUAUAUAAUCGAAAUAGAAGG